GCGAUCAUGUGACGCAUCAUGGCUGCGGCCAGCUGGCCCUGCGUUUCGCAGCUGUUCCUGUAUUUGCUGGUCCAGUCGACCGCCGCCCUCCUGGUGGAAACGUUAGAGCAGGUCUGCGGCUGUUGUGCGGGGCCCAUGCGAAACAAGUCCGCAGUAGCUGUUUUCUGCGGUUCCCGGGUGGGCACGGUACGGCGAGGCCGCUGCUGCUUAGAGGUGGACCGGAAGAUCGUUUUGGGGUUGGAUUAUGGGAACUGUUCAUUGUAUCAGCUCCCCUCCAGCUUCCAGGAAGUGAGCACAGCUUUCAUCAUCGAUCUUACUGACAAUCCAUUGGAAAGUCUCCCUGAAGAUGGCUUCCGAGGAUUCACUCAGCUGCAGACCCUCGCUUUGCCCCUGAAGCUGGACUGUCCUGGAGGCAGUGAAGUGUGGAAAAAUAUCACCAUCCAAGGGAGCAACCAUAUCUGUCAAGACCAGAGGGACUCCUGCAAUGGCUCAGUGGGACUUGUUUGGCUAUGCCCAGAGGGCUCGCUUUGUACUUCUGAUGGACCUGGCUUGUCCCAGUGCCUCUGUGUAGAUCCAUACCAUGGCUACAAAUGCUUGCGCCAGGGCAAAUUUCCAUACCUGCUGUUUUUUGGAACUUUGGGGGCCAUCACUGCUACCCUCUCCACCCUGCUCUGGAUCACACAGCGGCGCAAGGCCAAAACCUUUUAGUGGCCUCUCCGUCCUCCAGGCCCACCCACACUACACAAAGGAGGUGCUAGUCUGCAGUCUUCUCUGCUGUCUAUUGAUGCCCUUUGGUUUUCAACACUUGGAGGUUCCCCAUUUUUCUGGGGGAAAUCAUCUUCAGAUUGGAGCCUGCCCAUGUGAUCACACAGCUUCCGACGUAUGGACCCUGGGAGAGAGCUCUAGCAGUUAUUGUACAGGAACCCAUUUGUUUUGGCUAGCCCCUGUUUGCUUUGCCAGUGCACAGAAAUCAGGGCUGUCAACAAAGUAUAAUAAGAGGAGUGGGGAAAAUCAAUGUCUUACUGGAUGUUCGAUAUCCUUUGGACUGCACAUUUAAUUUCUAAUAAAGUAAAUACACCUAAA